CAGAAACUUUAACUCAAUUGAAUGAUAAAUUGCAUGUACAGUAUACUGAAACAUAUGCUUUGAUUUUAUGAUGUGUUGUAUAUCAUGGUUAUGAUGCCAGCUCUCCCUAGACUAAUUUGUUUUUCUUCAAUGGAUUUAUGGUGAUUUCGGUGUGAAUAAAGUUAUCUCGUUCGGGUUACACAUAAAUUCUCCUGGUGGUACUUGUUCGUACAAGCUAUAUUAUUCAGUUUCUACAAAUGAUGUUUACUGAUUUUGGUCUGAAUACCAUUAUUCUUGUGAAUAUAGUUUAGAUAUUCUGUGCAAGCAUGAACAAGUUUGGUUUUAAAUCGAUGUAUACCGAAGCCAGAUUUUAUUGAAUAUUUUAUAUGCAAACCAUCCUAUCCCAUUUAAACCUGUUUCAAUAGUGCCUAGGGCAUUCGCACAGGUACAGUGUACCAUACCCUUUGUUUGCAUUCUCAACACAGAGCCACAGACCGCAGACUCGAUGAUUCGAGAAUACACGGGGGUUGUGUUCCAGAGACUAUAGCUGAGUUCAGUGCGUGGGCAAUGUGUUUACCAGGGUAGCCUUCCAGGCUUUGCAAGCAGCACUCAAACUGCAGCGUGAGAGGCAUUGUUUUGGUCGGCUGGCGAGGGUUUAACAGCGAUUCAACAACUCGUGGUGUCGCUCCGUACAUAUGUACAUACGCAGUAUAACAUUGCCCCAUAUGGUUCAUACAUGUACCACGUUCGUCAUUAGAGUUGAAUGCUUUGCUGCUAGUUGUAAUAUUGCAAGUUUUGCCACAAUAUUCAUGGAUGUUUCUUGCAGAUUUCCAGUGUGAAGGUUGAAUAUUAUCAGAUCCUAGGACCGUUCACUGCCUGAAGCCAGAUAUCCUGUUUACGGGAAAGCAAGUCACCUCUCUUUCCCCACCAUCUGUUGCGAUCAUCGUUAGCAAAUCUCACACUCAUUCCAAACUUCCCUCAAGAAAUCAUGUUCCCCUGGAACUCAACUUGACAGAAAGAUCCCUUUAAAAAAAGUCGGCGCAAACCUUACUCCAAUUUUUGGUUGGAGUUGAAUCAUCACUUCAUUUGCCCUCCAUUGAAGCACAACCUUACUGUAUCGUAUAGCAACAUCGAAAAUAGUCGAUCCCUCUUUACCGUUUGAAACCAGACCCUGACUUGUUGAUAACCCUGUUCCUGAGAGCUUCCUUCAUGUAUACGUCGAACGCCAGCUUCCCAACAAACCGACCACCAUUACUCCUCCUCACCUUAGAAUUAAAGUUCCCCCUCCUCCCUAAGCCGUCCCCGCCCUUUGCCCCCGGUCACCAGUCCCUAGCACGCCAUGGCGGAUCUCCAAUUUGAGAUCACCGACCUCGACCACGACCACCAGGUCAACGGUAACUACAAUGGAAAUCAUAAUCACAGUAGCGACGAGGACGAGGAGAUGCUCAUCGAGCCCCUGAUCGACUUCUUGCUCAAGGAGCCGGCGACACACAGUACCCCAAUUAAGAAUGAGAAUAUCAACAACAAGACCAAGAAGAGAAGCCCCACAUGCGCCAAGCUGAAGUGGAAGUGGGCCUUCCAGCAGGUGAGGAAGAUGAACGACCCCUGGAAGGAGUUCCACCUGGAGGAUCUCCCCAUAGACACGGCCAUCAGACAUCGCUACAACGCCGUCGAGAAGACCUGGGUCCAGGAUGAAGUCCAGGUCAAGAUGGGUUCAGAGUCUUUUGCACAUGGAGCCAUGAGAGAGUGUUUUAGAAUGAAGAAGAAGUCUAAUUUCAGCAAGCAUCACCAGUGGAAGAACUCUGGUAACUUUGUCGCUAAGCGUUACAUGGAGACGGUGGAAAGAGACGUCUAUUUUCAAGAUGUCCGUCUUCAGAUGGACGCCAAGAUCUGGGGAGAGGAGUUCAACCGCCACAAUCCUCCAAAGAAGGUGGAUAUCUUUCAGAUGGCUGUCCUGGAGUUCAUGAAUCGACCUGGUAAGCCUCUCUUCCAUUUGGAGAGCUACAUAGAGGGCAAAUACAUCAAGUACAACUCAAACUCUGGAUUCGUCAGGGACGAAGCACUCCGAAAAACACCACAGGCAUUCAGCCAUUUCACAUUUGAGAGGUCCGGUCACAAGCUCAUCGUUGUAGACAUCCAAGGUGUGGGAGAUCUGUACACCGAUCCUCAAAUCCACACCUCUACCGGUACGGAGUACAACGAGGGUAACCUCGGCAUGCGCGGGAUGGCGCUCUUCUUCGCCACCCAUGCCUGCAACGAGAUCUGUGACCAUCUGGAGCUGACCCAGUUUGACCUUCACUGCUCUGAGUUCACGGAACAUGAGAAAUACGUGAAACUGCAGAAAAAUUCUGGGACCAUCUGCCGAGGUACCGAGAACCGCGUCUUCAAACCUCGCGCAAGGCCCUCCAUCUCCCCCCUCGACAUGACCCAGUUCGUCGUUUUCGAGCGGUCCAACUCGCAGAUGUCGACGGGCUCCAGCGUGGUCCUGUCUCCGCUUGCCGAAUCGCCUCCGAGGCGCAUUUCCUUCCAGGAGCUCCCUUCAUCACCUGACGAUGUCGCCAUGUCGAUGUCUCCACCUCCAAGCGUGCUCAAUCAGUUCCAAAGAAGGACGGCACGUUUUAGGUUGGACUCGGAGAGCGAGAGCGAAACGCUGUCUCACGAUGAUGAAAAAAGGGCAAAAUUUCUGGAAAGAAAUGUGAACCACAGACCAUCCUGUGUGAACCUGGAGGUUCAGCUGCGAAAGACUAUGCUGGUGACCAGUACUGGAGGCUCUAUCUUAGGACAGAUUCAUCUGGACAUGGCUAAGUACCACGAGAUGGGCCGCUUCGCUCCCGAUGACAACAGCCGUAACAUGGAGGCUGCCCUCUACCAUCUGCGUCACGGUGCGGACUGCGGAGUCCUGGAAGCUAUCAUUGCCAUGGCUAGGAUCUGCCUACAGCUAACCCACGAUGUACUCACCGAGGUGUCUGUACCGAGUGAUGAUGAAGAUUAUAUGAACGAGGGAAUGGACUACAUGGAGACGGCUGCAGAGGCAGGGGACAGGGCAGCCAUACUGUUUGUAGCCAGAGCAUACGACACCGGUCACAACCUGGGAACUGCUAGGACGAAAUCGUGGUUGGAGGCCAUGCACUGGUACGAGGAAGCGGUCAACACAGAGAAGGUUGAUGAAGACGGCCAUUAUGAUUCCACCAUGGAUGAUCCUAACUACCUGCUUAGUGCUAGGAUGGCAGAGAUGUAUCGGGCAGGCGGACCGGACCUCGACAAGAACCCUGAGAAAGCAGCUGAGCUUUACAACGAAGCUGCAGAGGGCGCAAUUGCCGCCAUGAAAGGCCGCCUCUCCAACAAGUACUACAUGCUCUCUGAGGAGUGUUAUGGUGAGAUGGAGGAGGAGUGAAAAGGCUCAUUGGACAGCCUCAUCACAUGUCGGGUAUAUUGUAUUCAUCCUCCAGUGGUCCCCCCACUAUAUGACAAACUAAGUUUGGUGUACUUGUAUGUCUUGUCUAUAAAUGGAAUUCUUUAAUAAAUUGAUCUUCAUAUUUGUAAAAUCAGGUUCUUUGGUUUGUAAAGACUUAUGAAUGAUCAAACUUUUUUCUUUUUUACUUCUUUUAAAAAUUAUCAUUAUGUUUCUUGAAAUUUUGACUGCAAAAACAGCUCAUUGACACAUUCCUCCUUUUUUAUUUUUUUGUAUUCAUUCAUUGCAAUCUGUCUUAAAGACGUGCAAACUAUAACUGCAUCUGUCACAGCACAAUUUAUUUUUCAUGUAUAUCAUUUUCAGCAAUAGCUAUUUGAUGGGAAAAGGCAAAGUUUGAGUACUUUUAGUUGGUUCAUAUGAUCCAUAUCAAUAGCCAAAAAGUUUUAAUGUAGUUUUGAUUUCAUACGAGGAUAGAGAAGAUUACGCACAUUUAGAUUAUCUGAAUUUCUGAAAAAGUUUGUUCUUGAAAAUAUGUCAUUUUUCUUUUGAGGCAACUUGGCUGGUUCAUUUGCCUCAAAGUUGAUGAAAUUUCUGUAUGGGACAUUGCACGCUGUCACUGAACAUAGUUUGGUGUAUAUGCGAUGUAUAUAAUAUUCAAUAUUUGUCAUUGUUCAAGUUUAUGUUUGAAGAAAAAAAUUCAACUUUUGUUCUAUUUUGAGUCCACCUCCAAGGCAUUAAUGUAUGUGUCUGUACAUAUCUAUGUUGUAAAUAUAUUGUCAUUUAACAUUUAGUUUAACAUUUCAAGUUUAACAUUACUUUGUUUCAAAAUGGAGGUGUAUUUGAUUGGGUAGCACAAGCAAGCUAACAGUUUCAAAAACAUUAGUGAGUAUUAUGUCAAUGAUUUGAAAAUGUGUAAGAAACGGAAGAGACAACAAAGAAAAUCAUGAAAAUUUACAUGAAAUAAAGUAUUGGUGUGGUAACAAUUAUAAUUUGGGCGAUAAAUGAAUAUUUAAAAUAACACUCCAAUAUGUUUAACAUAAACUGGAUAAGAUGAAUUUAUUUUUGUGAAAAUAAUGUGACCUUUAUUAAUAAUAUUGAAUAUUUCAUGGUUCAAAAUCAUCAUUUCAUUAUUAAAAUUGUUGUAUUCUCGAAAACACAAUACUUUAUGAUAUAUAAGUAUAGUUUUUCGCCAACAAGAUUAGGGCAAGGUUGUAAGUGCGUAUUAAUAUAUACCUGUCUAAGGAUUCUCAAGUUGUACAUAUGAUAACUUAUAUCUCGUAAUGCCUACCUCACUGUGUAACACAGCUCAUUUAGAAAACAACUCAUUAUAACUCAACUGAUAUCAGGGUAGUAAAUCGUUAAGCUGGGAGGAAAUUUUUGUUUUAAAUAUUUUGUUUACCGUAAUUCUUUUCAUCUUGAUAUAUCCAGUAUUUAAUCAUAUUGUUUGAGUGAAAUUGGGAUUUUUGAACAUAAAGUGAAAUGCACAGGGAAUAAUUCAACAUCUAGAAAAAAAUAACAAGAUUUGAAAUUCAGGAAUCUCCCUACAAGUAAUUAGAAAUCGAAGUACCGGUAGCUUAGAAUAAGCUAAUUGGGUAGAGAACUUGACCGCUAAUUCAGAGCAGAUUGUAAAGUAAAGGCCUUACGGAAGUAUUGCAGUGGAACAUUUGAAUUCUUGUUAUGAAAACUUCAAAUGUAUGAAUUGUAUAUAAAUGAUAAGACUGAAGUUUAUA